AUGCUGGGCCUCAAUGGCACUCCCUUCCAGCCAGCUAUGCUCCAGCUGACAGGCAUUCCUGGGAUGCGGACAGGUCAAGCCUGGGUUGCCCUGAUUUUCUGUGUCCUCUACCUGAUCUCUAUCAUAGGCAACCUGAGUGUCCUUGCUCUGGUGGUUCGGGAGCCUGCUCUUCACCAGCCCAUGUACUACUUCCUCUCCAUGCUCUCUCUCAAUGAUCUGGGAGUGUCCCUUUCCACACUUCCCACGGUGCUCGCUACUUUCUGCUUCAACUACCACUAUGUUGGCUUUGAUGCCUGCCUGGUCCAGAUGUUCUUCAUUCACACUUUCUCUUUCAUGGAAUCGGGCAUACUGUUGGCCAUGAGCUUUGAUCGCUUUGUGGCUAUUUGUGAUCCACUACGUUAUGCCACUGUGCUCACCAACAGCCGCAUCUUGGCCAUGGGCCUGAGUAUCCUUGCUAAGAGCUUCACAACUCUGUUUCCUUUCCCCUUUCUAGUGAAACGACUGCCUUUCUGCAAGGGCAAUAUUUUGCAUCACUCAUACUGCCUUCAUCCAGAUCUCAUGAAGGUGGCAUGUGGAGACAUCCAUGUUAACAACAUCUAUGGACUCUUUGUGGUCAUUUUCACCUAUGGUGUGGACUCAGUUUUCAUCCUUCUUUCCUAUGCAUUGAUCUUGAGAGCUGUGUUGGCUAUUGCAUCUCAAGAGCAGCGGUUGAAGGCACUCAACACCUGCAUGUCACAUAUCUGUGCAGUGCUGACCUUUUAUGUACCCAUAAUAGCAGUCUCCAUGAUCCACCGCUUCUGGAAAAGUGCCCCGCCUGUUGUUCAUGUUAUGAUGUCCAAUGUCUACCUGUUUGUACCCCCCAUGCUCAACCCCAUCAUCUAUAGUGUGAAGACCAAGGAGAUCCGUAGAGGGAUCCUCAAGGCCUUCCAUAAGUCCUAG